GCGUACGCAUUCGGUCGUUAUCAGUUUCUGAACCGGAAGAUACAAAAAUCAUGCUGCCUUAUCAGGAUGCUGCUCUUAGCACUACUUCCACUUGUGGCAGCUAUGCCGUUUGACCUCCAAUUCGCUUCUUCAGUCACUUACGAUGAAGGUUUUGCACGCAACAAAAUGUUGCCGUUGGCUGCAGCUGCCUAUUCCUCCUCUCCACAACAGUGUCUCACAAACCUCUAUAAAAACGCUCAGCUCAAGCGGCUCACAUCUGUUGUUUGCGAUAUCACCUUGGUCGACCGAUGCACAGCAUUUACCGCUGUUAACAACGAUGACAAAGCUAUCAUUCUGUCAUACAGGUAG